UUCUGACCAAUAAAGAAUUUAUAACAUUAAAGAAUUUAGAACACAAGAAGAAAUUUGUGAUAAAACCAGAACAGAAAUCUGAGCUGGGAUCAAAUUGAGUGGAAAACCAGGAAGAACCAGAGAGAAUAAAUGUACAGAAACUCCAGCUGAUAACAUAUAAAGACACUGAAAUCCCAGUCAAGCAGAAAAAUCAUCUCUGUGCUCAUUUAUUUCAAUAUUUAUGUGGAACUAUUGGCAUAAUCAGGUUCAGAGACAACGCAGAGGUUUGAACUCAUCACCGUGCUGUCCCGGUCUGAUAGGGCGGGGGGCGGAGCUACUAAAGGCGGAGAUCAUUACAAAGAAAUAUCUUCCACGUUCUGGUCGAACUUCUGAAGCGGACUGGUUCCGCCCAAUUUCUCCCCCCGACAGUUUCCGACUUCUCCCGGAAGAGACCCCAGGAAUGAGGAAGUUGUGGGAAGUUGGUGGUUCUUCCCCCGCAGGGACGCCGGAGAUGCUCCGCCCGGUAACGGUCCGAUGUUAGCCCGGCUGCUGCUAGCCUCGCUGCAACAGGUCCGGUUCUACGAACUGCCCGGUCCAGAUGGAGAGCAGAACCGCCUCCAGGUACUCCUGGAUCGACUUUGCCUUCUCGGUGGUGGGAGUUUGCACCUUCCUGCUGGACUGGGGCUCCGACCUGUGGCUGGCCAAGGAGUUCUACUGCCGGGGGGACUUGUUCUGGUUCGGGGUGCUGGUCGGCCUCAUGGUUCUGUCCUCUGUCGUGGUCCAAAUGUUCAGCUGGUUCUGGUUCCAGUACGACCGGGUGCUGCCGGGGUUCAGUGAGCAGACCACCGGGACAGGGAGCGUGUUCUGCGGGGACCGAGCCAAGCUGUUCUGCCUGUUGCAUGUUCUUCAGCUGGGCUUCCUCUGCAGACACGUGUCGGCCAUCCGUCAGGGCUUCAGGGUGUGGUGGAGGAAGGAGGCGGGGUCAGAGUACGCCGUCUACCUGACGCACGAUCUGAGCAUGCUCCGUCUGAUCGAGACGUUCUGUGAGAGCGCCCCCCAGCUGGUCCUGAUGGUCUACGUCAUGCUGCGCACCAACCGGGCCAGGACCGUCCAGUUUGUGAGCGUGGCGGCCUCCGCCGCCUCCGUGGCCUGGAUGGUGGUGGACUACCACCGCUCUCUGCGCUCCUUCCUGCCAGACAAGGCCGAGCAGCGCUGGGGUUCCUCCAUCGUCUACUUCCUGUGGAACCUGCUGCUGAUUGGCCCGCGGGUCGCCGCCCUCGCCCUCUUCUCCUCCGUCCUGCCCGGCUUCAUCGCCCUCCACUUCCUGCUGCUGUGGCCGGCGCUGGUUCUGUGGGCGUGGCGGCAGGGCACCGGCUUCAUGGACAGCGCCGGCGGCGAGCGGCUGUACCGCGCCACCGUGGGCCUCAUCUGGUACUUCAGCUGGUUCAACGUGGCCGAGGGCCGGACGCUGGGCCGCAGCCUCAUCUACCACGCCUUCGUCACGGCCGACGUGGCCGUCCUCCUCGCCACCUGGUGGAGCUACAGAGACCCGGUCCAGACGGCGGCGUACGGCGCGGCGCUGCUGCUCGCCCUGCCGCUCUGCUACCUGCUGGGGCUGCUGCUCAAAACGCUGUACUACUGCCGCUUCCACCCCAGGCUGCUGCCGCUGGGCCGCGACCUGCCCGACUCCGACGUGGCCUCCAGGGCCGCCCCCAUCCAGGACGGAGCGCCGGCCGCCCCGCUGCUCAACCAGCGCAUGGCCUGCCAUGCCGCGCAUUUCUACACCGACCGGCGCCGCGGCCGGGCGGCUCGGUCAGGAACCUGAUCUUUCCGGAAGCUUCGGUUUUAUCCCGAUAUUCCGGCUGAUUGAUCGGAAUGAUCCUGCUUUCCUGAAGCUUCCUUCAGUGAGCGUCCCUCUGCUGGACACUAGGGGGGGCUGUUUGCACCUCAGACACACAUCAGACUCAUCCAGUGCUUUCUGCUCCCGGGUCGGAACCAGAACCGGGUCAGACUUCAGGCUGGGCUCUGAUUGGCUCUUCCGGCUCGGCUCAUCGGGUUCCAGGAAACCUCAAAGAGUUUCCAACAUCUGGACGUCUCAGGAACAUUUAGAGACCAGAACCAGAACCAGAACCAGUGGUUCUGGUUCUGGUUCUGGUCUCCCUUUACCAGCCAGAAACAUCCAAUAAGCUACCUCAGGAUGGACCGGACCGGACUGGACCGGACCACUGGUUCUGGUUCUGAAGGAAAGGCUCCAGCUCCGGGUCUGGUUGCCAUAGAGACGGGGACUAACGACCAGCUGAUGAGUAAAAACUGGUUGUUUUGACGAAGCGUCUGACUGCAAGGCAGCCUGCUGAAUGAUGCGUCGCCAUGGCGACCAGCGUCGUCUCCGUGGCGACCAGCUGAUCCCUGAACUUUGCGUCGCUCGGUUUUCUCUGGGUGAAUCUGGUUUGUGUUUCCUACAGUAAAUGUCGAGUUAAAUAAAACGUUUUCCAGGUUUUCCAGAGUUCCUCCUGCUGCUGUUUCUCCUGGUAUGGAACUAAAUUCGCUCCAUAAAGCUUCAGAAAUUUAAAUAAGACUGAAAUGAAAAAAGUUCAGAACUGCUUUACAGAUUGAAGUGCUUUGUUUUCUCAGUGUCAGAUUCUAAUUUUAAAGUUUCAGUUUCAGGACAAAAUAUUCCCACUCAGGAAGUAGAAACGUGUUAAAAUGGAUCCACGGCUAGUUGAGCAUGUUGCUGUAAUUUUCCUGAUAAUCUGACAGGAAAAUCUCACAAGUGCUUCAAACAAUGGAAAUAAAACCAAAUUGGUGUCAAUUA